AGACACCUCCACCUUAAAAUUGUUGAAAUCUUUGGCUUUGUCUGCACACACUGCAGCAGCAGCUGGAGCAGCAGUGCAGGCUGGAAGAUAUCUGCUCUCUCCGCAGCUGAUUGACAGCUUCAGAGGCAAGGAGCGCUGGCGAGCGCACAUGACUGGAGCUUGUUAAUCUGCUGUAGCACUGCUCAUGUCAAAGGCAGCUCUUAAAAAUCCGUGUGAGAUACCUCCUCAUGCUGAUCAGCUUCUCAGCUAGGACAAGCAAGAGGAGGAUUUAUUCUUUCACCACAGCGCUGGAGCUUGCCAGUGUAUAACAAGGGCACAACAAAAUGCUAUAGCCUGCCUCCUGCAGCUGUAUUGUAAUUAAGAGACUGAGAACUUAAGUACCUAAUCUAAUAUGAAGGGAAUGUCUGUGUUUUAAACUGCAUUUGUCUGGUGGUGCGGAAGCAGAGGAGGUGAGGAAGUGUGAUUCCUGUGCAACUCACUGAAUUUUGUUUUUGGAGAAGCUUACUGAAACAAAAGGUCUUUGGUACAAAGCUACAUUUUAUCGGAUUGCCCACUUUAUUUCCUCACUCGCAAGCUUUGUGUUGCUGUUUCUGGACUUUCUUCAAAAAGGACACAUCAGAAGACACUUUCCUGAAGCUUUUUAAAGGGAAUACAAUAAAAGGAAAAUAAAUAACUUGGAGCAGAAGUGGUACUGUAUAAGUACGUAUGCCAUCGCAAUGUCCACGGUUUUAAUUUUUUCUACCGGACCUACUGUAGAGGCUUAGAAACUGUCUGUGCUAGCCUUAGUUGUAGCUCGUGCGUAUGUGUCUUUUUGAGUAUAUGGAAUAACUGUAAGGUGGGAAAGUAAAUAAGACUCUUUCCCCUGUCCCCCUUGCCUGUGACCUCAACAGGCUGAUUUUUUUAAGGUUUCCAGAGAAUGAUAAAUGAUCGAUGGAAAAUCAUGAACAGUGUUUCAGAGCUUGAAGAUGGACAACAGCACAAACCACAGACAUUCUGUGCGUGUGUUCCAAAUGCAUCUCAGCUCCAACAACACUGGUCAGACUUUGACACAGUGAGGCAAACUCCACAGAGAAUGAGCUGUGGCUAUCUUCUCUGCACCAUCCUGCUCUUCGUGGCCGUGCUCCUUGCUGUCACGGUGACGGGGACCAUCUUGUUUAUGAACCACUACCAUGCGCCGGUGACGGACGGCCCACCUCUCAUCAGUACCAACCAGGAGGAGGGUAAUGCCUUGGUGACCGUGGAGAAAGGAGAUGGCUCCCGGAUAAACAUCUUUAUUGACCCCAACUGCCCAGACUACAACAGCAACUUCCUGCGGCUGGAAGGGGUGCAGACGUCCUUGCUGCACUCCCUCACGGAUCACGAUUCGGAUCUGAAGACGGUGAAGGGUCAGGACCGGGCCCUACUGGUGAACCUGGCGGAGGAGAUGGCCAAGCUGUCGGCACACGCAGGGCAACUUAAAAUGGAUUACGAGGCCCUGCGAAGAGGGCAGGGCAGCCUGGGGCAGGAGCUGAACACUUUGCAGACAGAGCAAGGGAGACUGAUUCAGCUGCUGUCAGAAAGUCAAAUCAACAUGGUAAAGGUGGUGAACUCAGUGAGUGAUGCGCUGAACUCCAUGCAGAAAGAACAGGGCGGUAUUAAGACCCGCCUCAAAGCGGACCUCCAGAGAGCGCCUACCAGAGGAACCCGGCCUAGAGGUUGUGCCAACGGCUCCCGUCCAAGAGACUGCAGUGACAUUUACAUGAGUGGACAGAGGGAAGAUGGCAUCUACUCAGUGUUCCCCACUCAUUACCCUGCGGGCUUCCAGGUUUUCUGCGACAUGACAACAGAUGGAGGAGGAUGGACGGUUUUCCAGCGUCGUGAGGAUGGUUCUGUCAACUUUUUCAAGGGCUGGGAUUCCUACAGAGAGGGGUUUGGGAAAAUAACUGGCGAACACUGGCUUGGUCUGAAGCGAAUCCAUGCUUUGACCAUCCAAGCUAAUUACGAGCUGAGAAUUGAUCUGGAGGACUUCGAGAACAGCACGGCUUACGCACAGUACAGCACAUUCGGUGUGGGGCUGUUCUCUGUGGAUCCAGAUGAAGAUGGCUAUCCUCUGACGAUUGCUGACUACUCUGGUACUGCAGGGGACUCCCUGCUGAAACACAAUGGGAUGAAGUUCACCACGAAGGACCGCGACAAUGACCACUCGGAGAACAACUGCGCCUCCUUCUACCAUGGAGCCUGGUGGUAUCGCAACUGCCACACCUCCAACCUGAACGGACAGUACCUGAAGGGCCACCACACGUCCUACGCAGAUGGGAUCGAGUGGUCCUCCUGGACAGGGUGGCAGUAUUCCCUCAAACUUUCCGAAAUGAAGAUCCGUCCUACCCGGGAUGACAGCAAGUGAGAGGAGGAAAGGAAAAUGAAAAAUUAAAACAGCAACAACUUUUCUCACGUUGUUUACAGGUACUGUCUGUCAGAAUGAGAAGGACUUUCAGCAGUUUUUCUCCUUUUCUUCUUUUUGUUCCUGUGGAAGCCCCCAAAGCUAGAGGAAAAUGCAGGAUUGUAUGGUAGUGUUCUUUCAAAGUCUUACCUGCUGUACAGUAUAUGAGUCUUUUUUAUCCUUAUCAUUAUCACUCAGAUUCUAAAUAUGUUUAUUAAUGUUAAAAUGAUUGCCGUUGUUAUUAUUUAAUGGUUCCUACCUAGAACUUAGCAAGGAAGUGACUGGGAAAUAGGAUGGCCAUGGCUUUGUAAAUCCUAACACAAAGUGAACCGGCUUACUGAAAAAACUCAGAUCCCAUGUAGGGGAAUUUCUGCUGUGCUCAAUCUUUUUCAGUAACUGGGAGUCAUGCUUGAUUCGUGCUACCUCAGACUGCAACAAAACUCGCCACAGGAACUCGUUCAAAGGAGUCAGUGUCGCCAGACAAUUUGUAAUACCAUUAGGCAAGUUGGAAAUCGGUGUCCUUUGAAAAAUUGAAUGGGCUGUAGCACCCCUGAGUUGACUUAUACAACACAUAGACAGAGCAAUCAGAGGCAUCUUCAAAAACAAGAGAUUUUUAAUAGUUAAGCCAUUGUCCCUUGUUUGCAUUAAUAAACUGUGGUAGAAAACUGACAGAAAGUGGUUAUUAGGAUUAAACGUGUUCUGAUCCUUUUGCGCUCUUACUCUAGCUGUGCGUUAACAUUUGCUGAGUGAUUUUCACAUGCCUUCACUGUGUUUUAUAACACUGGACACUGGCAAUUCGGUGAUGUACAGUACUGCACCACAGAUGUUUCCAAGGAAUUUUAUAUAGAAAUGGAAAGAACUUUAUUCAACAACAGUUCACCGUGGUUUACAUGAGGUCCAUUGUAGUAAAACAUAGUGCUGCUGUAUUAAAUAUAAGAAGAAUGGCAAUGUCCCUGUCUCAGUGUAGACCAAUCAUACAGUUUUGAGCUGGGGUGAAGAGGAUAUUACAUCCGUUUGUUCCCUCGGAGCUCAUCCUCUUGAGCAGUUGAGACCCCAGACAGGCCGGCGUCUCCCAGAUACAUGCAAGCUCCUUCCAGCUCAUGUAGUUCUGGACCUGAACAUUGAAAAUAUCAUAAGAUUCUUCUGUGUCACAGCACUUCAGAAGUUUGCUUACAAGCUAAGCACAAAGGGGAGGUCCAGGUCAUGGUAACCCAUUUCCAUUGCACACUAGUGUGAGUCUCUUCCGCUGUGCACCUCAGUCUCCUGCUGCAACCAGUGGUGGAUCUGUCCCAGCGACUCUGUGAUUUUGUUUGGUUAUUAAGACUUCCUGCUACCCAAAAAAGAAAAAAAAUCAAAUUGGCAAGGACAGAAAUGAUGUGAAAGAAAGAGUCAGACAAUAUACAGUAGCAGAGGAAUAGGAAAAUUGUUAUAAAAGAAUAACAAAUACUGUAGUAAACUCACCAGGGUGAAAUUUCUAAUGCAGGGUGCAUUUUGAAACUGCUGCAGUGAUAUCUUUCAUGCAGUUUAGUGCUCUCAAAUUUGAACUAAAGCCUUAUUAAUUUGGAGCUCUCUUCCCUGAAGGAAAUUGCCCUUUCUGUCAUUAAUCUCAUAACUGUGUAAACAACAUGCAGUAAGAAGAAGUGAGCAGCUCUUGCACAUGGUGGUCAGGGAGUGCCUGGAGAGGUGAAAGGGAUGAUCGAACGUGAAGACUGAACAAGAUGCCAAAAAAAUCAAACUAGUCAGAUUAUAUUUAUAUGACAUCCUUCAUUAAUGAGCAUAUUGGGCACUUUUAAAAAACUGUCUUAUCUAGUUGAUCUGCAGCCAAAAAUGUCAACAUUUACAGAUGACUGAACUGCAAUUUAUUCAUCCCUUAAACACUCUGAGCAGAGUGUAUCAUAAAAAAUGGAGAGAGAUAGAGACGUGAUCUACACUUCCAAAUGAAAUUUGUGCUUUCUCAAAACUAAGCCACAACAUACAUAUACUGUAUACUGAGUGAGAGAGCAUCUUUAAAGAAGCUUUUGGGAUAAAUUCCAGUAAUCAGUUAAGAUUGUCUGGGAUAGCCAUCAUGCACUGAAAAGAAAUGUGCUCACAGUACUCCCAUGUAAUGGAAAUUAAGAUACGUAUCACCUUGCUGAAGCAGAGCAAGGUGUUAAAAUGCAUGUUCUAAAGAGGGUAAAGCAGGUAGAGAAAAAGGCUUUAAACAGUAGAUGGAUUUUACAAUCAUAUUGCAAUGCAUGUCCCGUGAGCAAACCCUCUUAUUAUCACACAGUAUUGGGUGCUUUAUUGCAAUGCUGAGCUAUGCAGCUCAUAAUACAGAACAUGAAAUCUGCAAAGCUUUCAAAGAAUCCACUCUGAGUUUUAGACAUACCUCAUGAGCGUCUCCGUACCUAUUUCUUAUUUGGCUGCAUAAUUGAGUAUACUGCAAUUUAUUGCUUGCCUGAUUGCAAGCACCUGGUUUAAUUAGAGAAAUUAUGUAUUCAGACAAGGUAUAACAGAUUACAAAGGUAGCUCAUAUAAACAGGAGGAUGGGCUUCAGACAGGUAAUAACAUUAUUUUUGGCUGGCCGUCUGUCACUAGCACAGUAAUAGGUGAUGGUUUUUAGAAGCUGUCCUGAAUAAGAAGAAUGGCAAUCUCACAGCCUCAGUGUAGAACAAUUAUACAUCAUUAAGCUGGAGUGAAGAGGACACAAUGUGCUCUUAUUAGUAUUAAACAUGUUAUGAUCCUUUUGUGCUUUUACUCUAGCUGCUAGGUUUUCUUACAGGCUAAGCACAAAGGGGAGGUCCAGGUCAUAGCAACCCAGUUCCAUUGCACACUAGUGUGAGUCUCUUCCUCUGUGCACCUCAGUCUCCUGCUGCAACCAGUGGUGGAUCUGUCCCAGCGACUCUGUGAUUUUGUUUGGUUAUUAAGACUUCCUGCUACCCAAAAAAA